AUGUUCCGAAGGUCUUGUGAAGCUAUUUUUGGCGGGUAUUGUCGCUCCAAUUAUAACUUUUUGUAAAAAAAUGUUAUUCAGGUAUGCUCACGUCGUUAUAGAGUACCCAUUGUGGGUUAUCAGCAGUAGCGUCGUCCUUUGCAGUAUUUUGACCGCAUAUUCCGGGUAUUAUCAUCACGGGACCAUCGACUUCGAUCCAAAGAAGGUUUUGUCAUCUUUGAAUAGAGAAGUUAUGUGAUGGUUUAGGGCUUUGAAACGCGAGGAACGCAUUUAUCAGCGGCUCGUUUAACACUGAAUGCGAUUCAUAGGGAGCAAGUCAAAGCAGAGAGAAUUCUUCGUUGGUUCUAUGAGUCAGUUUUGUCGUUAUACACUUGACGAAAGCUUUAAAAAGGCUAUUGAAUGGGGGAAUUUUGCAAAAAAUAGCGAAGUUGAGCUUUUUUCGGGAUGUUCAUAAAUCGAGUACUAUACUUGAAAAAGCUCGAAUGAAUCUUUUUCAAAUUUUCGUAAGUUUUUGAAAACAAGUUUCGAAGUUUCGCGGGAAAAGGGCAAUUACUGUGGAAUUAUCAAUUGAUCAAAACCCAUUUUUUUUUCACAAAGUUCCCAUUCUAAAACCUGUCAAAAAUUUUAAUUCGAAUUGGUUUUCGACUAGUAUUCUUCAACUUUCUGUUUCAAGGAGUUCUGUGAAUACCUCAACAAAAAAUGAAAUAUUUAUCUUUAGGUCGGACAUCAAUCGUAAAGGAAGGGAUGUUAAGGAAAAAUAUUCUACAAGUCCAUCAAUUACUAACUCGACUUCAGAGCCGAUUUCAGUUGAUUAUGAUGAUUAUGGGUAAAACUAUCAAAGAUGAACUUUUAAAAAAAAUUUGAUUAAGAGUGAGUCCAGAGCCAAACGCCAGCGACUUGGAAGAUCCUUGUGAAUCGUUUGCCGCCCUUGGCGACAAAAUCCCAUUCGAGGUUGUGGAAUAUUUGGCGAAAAUAAUGAUAAAAGUCAGAAGCUACGAAGAGGUACAGGAAAUCAGCCAAAGCUCAUAAUUUCGAAAAAGUUCAGCUUUUCUCUGUGCCCACUAUGAAGCAUCUUUGUCGAUUAGAUCAAGUCGUCGAAGAAACGAUUUUCGUGACUAAUUUCACCAAUCCAGCGGCGAAUUUGAAACAUUCUUUCAAUAUUCCGCUCUACACGACUUGCCCGAACCUUAAAACUGCGAACACUUGCGAUGCCAUCAAUGAAAAAGAGUAAGGAGGGCCUAGGGAUUUUUUUAAGGUGAUCAGGGCUAGGGUUGCACGGAAUCCCGUUUAAAAAAAAAUUAUAUAUAUUUGCUUAAUUGAUUAGUUGCUUGUUCCGAUUUCCGUGGUGCUACGACGAGUUUUCCAUUGGCAAAGAGUACUGUAUGUGAAAGUCCGCAUUCGGUUUGUGCACUUUGCGUGUUUGCACAUUGCAAGAUUCCCCAUUUUUAUUUUUUUGUAACGAGUCAUAAUAAAUAGUUGAUUCAGUUUAAAUGUUUAUUUUAUGCAAAGUGCAAGCACGCAAAGCCCACGCGCCAAAUGCGGAAUUUCACAUACAGUACUCUUCGGAAGAGGAAAACUCACCCUUUUCGAAAAAAUUUCGUAGCAAGCACCAUUUUCGACUUCCGCGGCUUUUACUUUCCGUCUCCCGCAUUUUUUUGAAAAAAGUUUCCUUUCGUGCAACCCUUUUUAAAGCCUUCCUUUUUAAAAAUUAUUCAAGUUCAUAUUUUUGAAAAACUAAAAAAUUGAAUUUCAGUGUUUCCGACUUUCGACGGUUAUUGGAGCUAUGCCGGAGGAACUCGACAGAAGCCAUUUGCUCAGCCUCUUCCAUCAAUCAAGUCAUUCAUUUUUUGCUGCCCAAAAGUCAAUCGAAGCAAAAUAUCAUCUCUGUUGUGCUCAAAGUGAGGCAAAAAAAAUCAGUUUUUUGUUUAAUCCGUGACCCUAGGUAACAAUGUACAAUGGGAAAGACCGGGAGUUCUACGACCAAUUGGAGAAAAAUUUGGCAAAAUAUCUCGGAGAUUCGGAAUCGACGCAGUUGGUCGGAGUCUCGUUCUACCUGAAAGAUAAGAUUUUCGUGGAAAGUCUCCGAAAUGAUACCAUACUUGCUGGUAUUUCAGGUUUGAAAGUGUUCGAAAACUCGAAAUAAGGAGUUUAUUCAGCAUUCCUCGUCUUUUUCUGCUUCCUCGUGUACUCCAGAAGCGUCCUUUUCACAUUUUUCAUCCUCCUCAUUGUGGCUUUCUCAACGACUGUUGCUUUCUUCAUUUAUUCAGUUUCGACUAAAUAUCGAAGUUAGAAAAUAGUAUAAAUUUUUAGGUAAUACUAGGAAUCGACUUUUUUCCGUUCAUCAACCUGCUUGUCGUUGUUCUUCUAGUUUCUAUUGGAGCGGAUGACGCGUUUCUUCUGCUCGUUUAUUUCCGACGAGAAGUUAAAGUUCGUGCUCGGGUUUGUUUGAGAAGUUGAUAAAAUAAUAAAAUGACCAGAGAUUUGCCCAAAUUUGAUUCCCUUUUCAAUUGUUCGAACUAGUUCUUUAUAUCCGAAAAAACAUGAUUUAAAUAUUUUUUUCAGAAACUAUCCAACCUCGAAUACAAAAUUGGAACGAUCUACAUUCCGCUCUACCGCAAAACGGAUUUGAUUGCAAGAAGCCUGCGUCUCUCGCUGCACCACGCUCUUUCUUCAAUGUUCGUCACCUCCCUGACGACCGCCAUCGCUUUCCUGACAAAUCUCGCCAGUCCGGUUUUAGUACUACGGUAGAUUUUACGAAUUUAUCUUUUUGUUCGUUGACAAAAGAGCUAUGGUGGAAAAAAAUGAAGUCAAGGAAAUGAAUGGGGAGAAAAAAAAAGGUUAAAAGUCCAGUCUACACCCUUCAGUUUUUUGAAUACCAAAUACUCAGACUAUUUCUGUUUGGGUCGCUAAAGAGGAGAGGCUCAGAAAAAGCAGCAAAAAUAAUUUCUUUUUGACCUUUACAUUUUUCUAGAAAUUUAAAGGCCUAAGAAAUGUUGGAAAAAGAAAUAGGGAACAAAAAAUGGUGCACAAAAGCCGAUAAAACAUCGCAAAAAGGCAGAAAAAAGGGAAAAGUUAUGUGGAGCCUUUUUCGAUCCUUUACGACUCUGCCUAUGAUUAUUGUACCUUUCUGGAAAAAAAUAUUUUUAAAAUAAGCUAGUUUUUUUGAAGACACGAUGUGAAAAAUUUGUUCCGUUCUUAAGGAAAUUUUGAAACCAUUUCGGUGCAUUAAAAAAAUAACACGGUUUUUGAUUUUUAUUCGUUUUCUUAAAAUAAAGAAUAAAUGCAAAAAGGACGAAUUCCAGGUGCUUUGGCAUAUUUGCCUGCAUCACGAUCAUCACCAACUACGUACUGGUCCUACUGAUACUCCCUGCCGCUAUCAUUCUGAUCAAACCGGUCCGAACUCAACAUUCCCGUUUUCGAGUCACCAAAAUCGGCGACGAAAUCUCAAAAUGGGAGAUUUCUCAUCGCUGUGCCUUGUUUGUCCACGGCCUCAAAUACGUCAUCACAUUUUUGGCGAUCGUCAUCUCAAUUGCCUGUGCCAUUGUAGUCAUUUAUAAGCCUGGAAUGCAAUUGCCCCGAUACAAUCCGACUAAGGUACUGGAAAAAUGAGUAGAGGAUUAUAAUGGCAUGUUGAAGCUCCUGGUUGACAGCAACCGGCACGAGUUCUUCGACAAUAACCUUCAUUUUUUCGAUUUCGAAUGGAAAAGAUCUCCAAGGCUCGUGCAGAACUUUGCGCUUGGCAUUCCGUUGAUCAAGUUUGAAAAAUAAUCAAACUGAAAAAUAAAAAAUUUUAGAUCUUCCAACUCUCUCAGUAUCACAUCUAACCCUUCGUCCCUCUCGCUGACCUCGAAUUUUGAAUUAACACGGGAAAAGUUGAAUACUUAUAAGGUAGCUCUAUGUUUCAACAUGGUUGGGUUCCGAAGAGGCUGGGAGAAUUCUAGUGGCCACUUUAGAUUUCCGACGUUUCAGUGGCCGCUUAAGCAGUUUAGGUGGGCGCUACUAGACCACUAAAACAACUUUAGUGACCACUAACUAGUAAGACGUGAACUAGUGGCUCUUUAGUGAUCACUUGGAAGUCUUGAUUUUUUAGAGGCCACUGUAGUAGUCGAAUAUGUUGCCACUCGAGCCUCUUUCUUUCACUUUAGUGUUCUCUCCAAGUAGUCCUCGAAGAACCUCUUAAGUGAUCACUAAAAUUUUCUUAGGGACUAUUGUAAAAUGAUUGAAAGUUUGUACACGAGAAACGUCGAAAAAUUCAAGAAUAAUUAGCAUUUUCAAAUGGAUGCUCUCAUAAAAUGUAUAGGAUGUACCCAGAAAAUCAAACUCAUCAAAAUUUCUGAAGUCUUCAGAACAUUUUCCGAGAAAUCGCGUCGAAAUAUGAGAAAAAUGCCACUUCUUGGGCUGAGGCAGCGUGGAACUCGAAAGAUGAAUGUUUUAAACGAAAGGUUUCUCACUCAUUUUUUUUUCAAUUAGAUUGACUAGCUUCAGAUUAUUACGAGCGCGUGUGUCAUGAAAUUCGCGGCUUCAACUGAUCAUUUGCCAUACGAAUUCCCGGACGAUUCUGCAGUCCUUCCCAGUGAUGGUCCCCUCAUCAACAAUGACUUUGAAAUUUUCGGGUUCUCGAAUAAUAUUUUAAUCCUUACGUUUUUAUUUUUAAGAUACUUUUUUUCGAUCCCAACGCAAGAGCGUCUUCGUGUGGAUGCCGACGCGAUCGAACGUGUUUUCGGGGAGAUCGAUGGAACUUGUUUGAAAUUGAAAAGCUUGACAGGUGAGUUCAAUAAGAUUUUUUGAAGACGGCAAGAUUAGAAAAAAAAAAUUUCUCGAAAUUUCAUUCUGGAGCUUUUCUUUCAUUGCGGAAUGACCCGUAUUGUCAGUAGCUCUGUUUCAAAUCAUUAAACGCCUCAGAAUAGUGCACGGUGUGUCCGAUUUGCGUUAUCAAAUCCAAUUAAUGCAAGUCUUCUCUAUGGACAAAGUCAGCGAAAUUUGAAAUAUUCUUGGAAAAUACUUUUUUUUUUGAUUAAAGAAAAGAUUUAUAUUUUAUUUCCACCUUCAGACGACGUUCCAUUGUGCCUUUCCUCAUCGGAAAUCACUCGGUUCUACGAUAUCAUAUCCCAGUUGAAGUAAAUUUGUCUUACUUUCCAUAAAACUUUCAAACUUCAGAUCUUCAAGUUUAUCGUCCGUGUUGAUUUCUAUUGGGAUCUGCCUCCUGGUUGUUGUCUUGUGUACCAGAGUCCUCACUUUAUCGAUUUUCGCCCUCAUCAUCAUUUUCUUCAUUAUCUUGUGGACGAUUGCUGUGCUGGCGCUUCUAGGUAGGUACUGGGAAAAACUUUAGGUGCCCCUUAAGAGGUUCCUUAAGGACUAUUGGAGAGGGCACUGAAGUGACCAUAAAAACCACUAUUGAGCCACUAUCUUGCGUUUUGGUGGCCCCAAAAGUAGUUUCUAGUAAGCUAGUAGUACCGUUUAGACUUCUAGAAAUUUCGAGUACUUCAGGGGCAACUAAAACUUCAAAAGAUUUUUUUAGGCUGGCAACUGAGUGUAGUUGAAUCGACGAUCCUCGUGAUCACUAUCGGAUUGAGUUUCGAUUAUACGCUGCACUACGCCGUUGGAAUGCGCGAGGCCAAGUUGGCUCCGAUGGUGGAAAAAAUUGGGUACUUUAAUAUAUCAAACUGGGAAAGGAUUAUUGAAAACAGAGAAGUGCACUCGACUGCCGGUGUCGCCUGUUCCUUGGGAGCCGUCACGUUGUUCCUCGCCGGAGCGCCAUUGCUUUUCUCACAAACUGCCGCUUUUUCCCAGGUUUUUCGGUUGUCCAUUGAAUCGAUAGAUAGGAUUACAAUCAAAUUGAAAGAUAUUGAAGCGCUUUGAACUCAUUUUUUCUGAAACUUAAAGCCUAUUCACAAACUGUCGUUUUCUACAGUUUUUAUUCUCAAAUUCUCAUCUAAAUAUGUGGGCCUAAAACUUGGUAUUUGAAUUUUUUCUUCCUUAAAAAUAGAUUUUUUUAUUCGGUCCCAAUAUAAUAAGAUUCCUUCACAUAUUACAAUUUUCUGAAGCCUGGCCAAACAUUUUUUGAUUUUCUGAUUGAAAGCUUCCAACUGGUCUUUCGAAGGCCUUGAAAAUCCAUUUCCUGGAUCUUUUGCAAUAAAAUGGAAUAGGCUUUUUUUUCAAAAAUGAUUCAUUAUGUUGGAUACGACUCUUAGGAUUUCCUUCUAAUUAAUUUAAGCUUUGUCGAAUUUUCAGAGAACUCUGAGUUUUUGAGCAUUAAUUUUUUCCACUUAUUAUAUUUGACAGGUUGGCACGAUGCUCGUUGUUUUGAGUUUCACGUCGAUUUUCGGGGCCGCCGUCGUCUUUCCGGCCUUCAUUGCGGUAUUCAAUUGUAAAAGGGUUUUAGUAACUAGGAUGUGA